AUGACUUUAGAAUGUGUUAUUUGUAUUUCUAAAUCUUAUUAUAUAGUAGAAUACGAGUGCAAACACACAGUUUGUAUUUCAUGUGGUGUACGAUUGCUAAAAUUAUAUGAAAAUACUGAUUGUCCGUUGUGUAAACAAAAAUCAAAAAUAUUUUGUAUUAAAAAUUUGCGUUCUAAAAUCAAAGAAAAUAUCAGAGAGGAAGAUAUUGUUUAUCAAAAUGAAGACUGUAGAAAUAAAUGCUAUAACUUAUUGUUACAUAAAUGUAAAAAAUGUCAUUUAAUACUUAAAAAUACUUACGAGCUUAGAUCUCAUUAUCGAGAAACUCAUGCUUUUUUGCUAUGUUUUGAAUGCACAGACAAUAAAAAGCAAUUUUGGUUUGAGCACGAAUUGUACAGUGUUAGUACUUUAAGACAUCAUAAAAAUGGUAAACUUAAUGAAAGCGGGUUUAAAGGUCAUAUAUAUUGUCCUUUUUGUAAUAUAUAUUUAUAUGAUGAGAUCAGUGCUAAACAGCAUUGUAAUCAAUUUCAUCUAUCAUGUACAAUAUGCGAUAUUCUUGGAUAUAAAAAUAGAUACUACAAUAAUUUUGGAGAUUUAGAAUUACAUUUUAAAAAUGGACAUUAUUGCUGUACUUAUCAGUACUGUAUAAAUAUCAAAGCUUAUGCCUUUCCAUAUAAAACAGAAUUGUUAGAACAUUUACUUAAAUUUCAUAAACAGAGCACUAAACUUAGCGAUAUACCAUCAUAUAAAUCUUGUACUGUCCCGUUUUUUGAUCCAUAUUAUCUUAGUUCUCAAAAUAAUAUUAAGAGUUACGUUUUGAAUAAUCCAGCAAUAAAUUUUUCUACAAAUGAAUUUGCUAGUAAUAUUACAAAGAAAGAUUUACCAAAUUUUUUAGACAGGUCUAAAAUUUUAGAAAUGAAAAGAAAGCAAUCAAUACGUAGUUCUAUAAUUAAAAGGCUAAUAGUAAAAAAUCAGGAUGAAGUUAUUGAAAUUAUUGAAAAAAUUAUUAAUAAACGACUAUCUGUUAAAGAUGGAUGUUCAGAUCUUAAACUUUUAAUGAAUGAAACAAUUUUAUUAAAAUUACUUAAAGAAUUGUAUUUUGAAGAUGUACAGAUUGAAAUGACUGCUUAUUAUAAAAUUUUAGAGAAGCAGAUUAAAUUUCCUAAAUUUGAAAGUAAAAGUGUUGAUACACGUACAAAUUCUGUUAGACAACCAGAAAAAAAGGUAGGAUUUAAAAUAAUAGAAUUGAAAUCUACUAAAAAAAAAUAA